AUGACUACUCUCAAAGGCCCCGGCGCAGCCAAGACGUACGAUGGCUCUGGACUGCGAAUUGGUAUCAUCCACGCGCGGUGGAAUACCAAAAUCAUUGAUGCGCUCCUCGACGGCACGAAGAAGGCGCUCGCACAAGCGGGAGUGAAGGAGGAAAAUAUUGUCAUACAGACCGUACCAGGAAGCUAUGAACUGCCGUACGCAGUGAAGCAACUCUACUCUGCCUCCCAGGUGCAAUCCUCGUCCACUGGCAUCGUCGGUGCAGCCGCCGACCUCCUAGGUUCCACGUCGGACCUCACCUCGCUCUCGGCAUCGAUGCCGUCCACGGCGUCCAAAACCUCGACAUCCCCCUUUGAUGCCAUAAUCGCAAUCGGCGUGCUCAUCAAGGGAGAGACGAUGCAUUUUGAAUACAUCUCCGACGCUGUCAGCCAUGGGCUCAUGCGGUUGCAGUUGGAUAACAACGUGCCUGUCAUCUUUGGGUUGUUGACGCUGUUGAGUGACGAGCAGGGGUUGAUGAGGGCGGGGAUUGGAGGAAAGGGAGGCAAUGAGGGGCAUAACCAUGGGACAGACUGGGGCAAUGCGGCGGUCGAAUUGGGGGUUAAGCGGCGGGGAUGGGUCGAGGGAAAGUUUGUUGACUAG